GGGACACACCUUUAUCUUGUCCGGCUUUAGUUCUGUAAUUGUCACUCAUAGAUGUUUCAGGAGAAAUAAUGUAGAAGUGCCCAAAACCCCUUUAUUGGGACUGGUUGAUUUUGAGCCUGUUCUCUGAAUAGGCAGAGAAAGUUUCUAGAUUAUUUGGGUUGUUGCAGAAAAAAGAAUAUAAAUUUUGGAAGAAUGUGAUGUUGGAAUUCCUGUGUUUAAGAAUUAAAAUUUAUCUACUGAUUUGCUCUUUGGGAAAUGUGUGGCAGCUUAGCAAUUGAAUUUGUAUUAACACUAAGUCAUAUUAUUCCUUAGCACUUUGGUCAAAAAGAAGAAAUAACCACUAACAGCUGAAACAUACAGAUUGUCUCUUCCACUCUGGCUAGGCAGGAACAAUGGAGACAUCUGAUGGAGAAAGUUUGGGUGUAGCCACCUCCACCACUUCUGAUGAGUUUGAUGCAGUUGUUGGCUAUCUGGAGGAUAUCAUAAUGGAUGAUGAUUUCCAGUUAAUACAGAGGAAUUUUUUGGAGAAGCACUACCAGGAGUUUGAUGACUCAGAAGAAAACAAGCUUGUCUAUACAGACAUCUUUAAUGAAUAUAUCUCUUUAGUAGAGAAAUACAUUGAAGAGAAGUUGCUUGAUCGGAUUCGUGGGUUUGAUAUGGUUGCUUUCACAGUGUCAUUGCAACAACACAAAGAUGAAAUGCCAGGUGAUAUAUUUGAUCUGCUUCUCACAUUUACAGACUUUCUGGCUUUCAAAGAAAUGUUCUUGGAAUACAGAGCUGAAAAAGAAGGUCGAAGUCUGGAUUUAAGCAGUGCAUUAGUGGUGACUUCAUUAAACCAUUAAACAAGUCAUUCUGAA